AGUGCAGCGCUGACCAGGAACGGAACCUAAUUGGAAGUUUAAGAUAUCGUCUCAUAGUCCAAUUUGGUUAAGGAUUAUUUCUCGAGAGCCAAAGCCGUACCAACCAACCCACACAUCCGUCCCCAUGUUUUUCAAGCUGCUGUUCGCCUCUUGCCUGGCUUUGGCUCUGGCCAAGCCCCAGCACCAACCUGCUGCGCAGUAUCCAGCCGGCGUGAAUCCACAGGACUGCCCCGGCUUCCCAAUCUGUGAUAAUGAGCGACUGCACAGCCCCAAAUCGCAGUGGGGAGCACCCCAGAAUCAUUGGCAGCCGCAACCCCAAUGGCAGCCGCAAACCCAAUGGCAGCCGCAGCCCCAAUGGCAGCCGCAACCCCAAUGGCAGCCGCAACCGCAAACGUGGAACACAAACAGCCAGCCUUCUUGGAAUGCGCCACCUGCUCCUGCAGCAGGUGGAGACAAGUAUCCCGCCGGCGUCAAUCCCCAGACCUGCCCCAACUAUCCGUACUGCGACGUGAAUGCUGGACACGCUGGCGCUCCUGUGGCGGCUCCUCCGCUGCCCGGCUGGACAGAGCGGCUUUACCCAGCCGGAGUCUCCCCGCACGAGUGCCCCAACUUCCCCUACUGCCACUAGAGCGACCAGGAAGACGAGGAUCCCCUCGUCUCUAUCGUUUCUUUUCUAUAUCCGUUCUCCGCAGCCUCUCCUAACGCUUCUCCCUAAGUUCUCAAUUCUGUUGUUGGUGCCGAAUAAAAUGCAUGUUGGUAAAAUAA